AUGGGGCGCGUGGAGCUUCCCCUGCUGGGUGACGGUGUCUCUGCGGAGGAGGAGCUGCCCCGAUGUUCGUGGUGCGGCAGCGUCUCCAGGAGUGUGUGUGGCUACUGCAAGGUCAGGCCGUACUGCAGCUUGGAGUGCCAACAGAAUGACUGGAAGUCUGGGCACCAAACGGCAUGUGUUCGAGCAGCGCCACCUGCUUUGCAAGCAGAGGACAAAGACUUCCAGCUUUACGAGGUGCCCUAUGUCGUGCGCUGGGCCAUCAACCUGGAGCAGUGGAGGAUGGCAGCAGACAGCAAGGAGUACGCGUUCUUGCUCAGCCGCAUUCCCGACAACGAUGCAAGAAAGCGGAUUGCCUCAUCGAAGUCAUGGAGCGCGGCGAAGCUUUCGCUGGCCAAGGAGCUCGCAGUGCGUCGGAUGGCCGAGGUCCUCACGCAGGCCAUCUGGACGAAGGUGCAGUGGCGGCAUGACUCGACUGCCGACAGGGACUUCCUCUUGCAGAAAGAGGAGUAUGUUUGGACCGGGCAGAAGUACCAAAACUCCAACCGGAGGUUCCCAAAUUUCAACUUCUCGAUGAUCGAGACCGACAGCUACUUGUUCCUCGUCUCCCAUCCGCUGGCCAUCACCGGCAUCUAUGCGAGUGGCCCGUUGACCGCGGCUAUGCCAGACCCGAGAGAAGCCUUUGCUGAAGAGCUUGCAACCGCCACGCAUGCGGGGCAAGGAAAGGCGGAGGAAGACUCGCGCAUGCUCGGGGACGCAGAACUGAUUGAGGACUCUUGGCUUGUUCUUGCUUUUCUUCUUAGACGGCAUCAUUUUCUGCGCCUGUCGUCCCGCGUGCUGGCUGUUGCAGGUGUGUGA